AUGACACCCUCAUCCAACAAUUUGCACGUGCAUACCGCGAACUACAACAAAAUCUCGAUGACGAUGAAGAUGAUGAUGACGUUCAAGAAGCCCGUUCAAGAAGUUGAUGUUACAUCCGCUCGGAGACCAUGGAGGAGCGAGGAGGAGGUCGCCUUGCUCAAGGCAUACUUGCACACCACCGAAAACAAGAAACAUUCCAACGAGCAAAGAAAAGACUUGUUUUGGAGACAAGUCAUGGCUCAUUUUCGCCAACUUCUCGGUUCAACGGAACGAAACAUGGAUCAAAUGACUUCGAAGUUGGGCGAUUUGAACCGGAAAAUGAGUAAAUUGAACGGGUGUUUCAUUCAAGUGAAUCGAAAUCCACAAAGUGGAGCGAGCGAGGUGACUAUCAUGAAAACCGCCAACGACGACUAUUGCCCACUAUACAAAAAGAGAAGUUUUCCACACUUGGCGGCAUGGGAGGUUGCGAGACAUCACCCGAAGUGGGUACCGGUUGAUUUGGUCGACAUGGGUGGGCCGACGGCUUCAAAAAAAAGAGGAGGUUCCAAAAGAUCAAAGACCUCCGAGUCGGGGAACUACACGACUUCCGCGUCGGAUAACUUGCCCCAAAUGAACUUGAACGACGACCCCGUUGACGAACCCAUUCAAGACGAUAUACCGACAAGGCUGUGCCGCAAGAAAAGUGGUGAUUUGUUAAGUAAAGGAAAGGAAUCGGUGGCGGAGUCGAUCUCCGAAAUCAAAGAGGCUAAAUUGGUGGAAAUAACGCAAGCCACCGAAAGAAGAGAAAAACUUGUGGCGGCAAAACUUAAAUGUGAGGAGGCAUAUAUUCGACACUUGAACGAAAAAGAAAAACAUAAUGAUUUAAAGAUCUUGUUAGAGCCGCACACCAAUCUCGACGAACCGUUUAAGUCGGUAAUUCAACAAAAACGCGAGAUAUGUGAAAAGUGGGGGUGGGAGAUGCCUUAA